AUGACGACUGGUGUAUGCAAGUUUGACAAGAUCGCUCACGAAAUUUUUGCAAGCACUCUUCGGGCUCCUUACACAUCUCCCCGUGAUGCAGUACCCGACUCUAAGAGGUUGAAGUAUGCCGAUAUAGUAGCAGCGUUGGCGAAACGGAUAUCUGAACCUCGAACUUUGAAGUUAAACCUGCUGCUACUACCUGGACUAAAGAGGCUGUCUUCUGUAGAGGCCGACUUCCUCAAAGCCGCCGUACCGGUGUUGAUCUGCGCAGCGAGACCAUACAAUAACCAGUUUACAUUAGACCAUGGUUCUGCACUGCUGUUCAGGUGGGCUGGCUGUGGCAACGCCAGCGUUACAUCGCCUUCAAGUGAUGUCACCGAGUUGCUAAUUUCACCACAUGCUUUCAAGAAUACACUCUUAAAGCUUCUCAAUGGAAACUCGGACGAUUACCGCAUUGUUAGCAUGCGUAAACAGGUGUCUGGUGAGCCAUGGACGUCUGAGGUAGAAGGUGAGAGUUCUGCUGUACCCACUGAUGAGGAUGACGAAGCGGAAUGCACCUUCAAGCCUAAGCUAAACAAGUACCCUAAAUACCUAUCAUCUGCACCACGCCUGGCGUAUCCACCUAAAAGUCUUUCGGGCCAACUGAAGAAGCUGCUGGAUAUGCCUCCACGCCAUUCGUCAGACACAGAUGAGAUCGACGUGCCUGAACCGGAACAACUCGACUUCCAAACAGACUACGGCUCUCCUUUCAAUAACACUUGCCCUCUAGGUUCUACUUUUGGUGCCGAAGAUCUCAAAGACAUAUCGUUCGGUUUGGAACGUCCUUCGCACGAUAUGGGCGUUAACCAAGCAUCUGUCCGUGCUUCUUAUCGUGCCACUGAGUUAUCCGAGGGUGGAGCUGCCUACAACUUGCUCCCCAACGUUUUUUCACGGGGGUACAAAAACCGAACUGUAGAAAAGGGUCCACACGAUGUCGAUGCUGAAAUUGAAGCAAUAAUGGCGAGUCUGCCAUCUAUGAAGCGGCCCGUUCCGCCAACUAUGCGCACCGCCUAUAACGAACCAGGGCUACGUUUCGUAAGUCCAUUGCGUAACCACUUAUGCACCACUGUUGGUCCUGCCCCGGAUGAAGUGAGUGGGUACCCUAUCAAAUCAUGGCAAGAUCAACUAAGGGGCGGUUUCAUUAACACAGGAAUGAAGUUCUUCGCAGAGCCUGAACGUACUGUCUCGCCUUCUCACGGCAAAUAUGUGGGAUCACUGAAGCAAUGCGAUUACGUGCUUCCACACAAUAUGGGUUUACCAUUGUUUAGCCGCAGAGCACCGGGGGACAAGUAUCACGACUCUCGCAAACCAGUUUCACGUGAGUCUGGCUGCGCCAGCACUCCACUGGACAUUUUGGAGGCACAGUUAGCUAAAAUGCCCGUCAACAUCCGGAAAAUGAUCUCCUGA